CUCGUUGAAUUUUGUGCUGAGUACUCGACAACUGAACUUUACCCAUGAAAAUAUUAUAUCUCGUUACUUUGCAGUGUUAUAUUUUUCGUAUACAUGUGAUGUUUCGUGAUAUAGUUAGUUGUUUAUAUGACCAUUGUGCAUCAUAAUAUUCUAUAAUGAUAGAAUUGAACGAUAACUAUCAAUUUUCUUAACGUAGUGUGAUACAAGCAUUUUUACAAUGAGUAUUUUUACUUCAUUGCAGAAGUUUGUUAUCUGUGUUAGUGCAGGGAAACGAUGUUUUUCUCGAGUUGGUUUCAUCGGUUUGGGCAACAUGGGUGGUCAUAUGGCGAGAAAUAUUCUACGAAACGGUCACAAACUAGUCGUCUUUGAUGUGAACGAAUCAGCUGUGUCGAAGUUGACAGAGGUAGGUGCUAACAGAGCUUCGGAUCCUACUGAAGUGGUAAAAAACGUCGAAGUAGUCGUUUCGAUGUUGCCAUCUAAUCAAGAUGUUCUGGACGUUUAUAACAUUAAGAAUGGUUUAUUGAGUGCAGCGAGAAGGGACACUCUGCUGAUCGAUAGCAGCACAAUAGAUCCGUUUGUAUCUCAAAUCUUGGCGAAGGAGGCUGCAAAAUUUAGCGUUAAUUUUAUAGACAGUCCAGUAUCUGGAGGUAUAAACGCAGCUAAGGAUGGAACGUUAACAUUCAUGGUUGGAGGUUCUAAGGAAAAUUUCGAACUUGCCAAGCCUCUUUUAAAAUCCAUGGGAUCUAAGAUAAUUCACUGUGGAAACGUGGGUAUGGGCCAAGCAGCAAAAUUAUGUAAUAACAUGCUUUUGGCUAUUAGCAUGAUCGGUACAGCUGAAGCAUUUAAUCUCGGACAAAAGUUAGGUUUAGAUCCCAAGGUGUUAGCUAAUAUUGUGAACUCUAGCUCCGGCAGAUGUUGGUCUUCCGAGUUGUAUAAUCCUGUUCCAGGUAUCCUCGACAAUGUUCCAAGCUCUAAAAAUUACGAGGGUGGUUUUGGAGUGACUUUAAUGGCCAAGGAUUUAGGAUUGGUGCAGGCUGCCGCGGCUAAGGUAGAAGCAAGUAUUCCUUUUGGAUCCUUGGCUCAUCAAAUUUAUAGGGCAAUUAUCGCUCAAGGAUUUACAAAGAAAGAUUUCAGUUUCGUUUAUCAAUUUCUUAAAGGUCAGCAGCAACUUUAAUUCUAGAAAUCUAAUGAUGUAACUAAUUUAUUACUAUUAAGUGUGUAUUAUAAUAAAUGAUUUUAUAAUCUUUUAUACGUAAUUAGACAUGUUUGAAAUGUA